CAAGAUACGAAAAGUCGCUUUUGGGCGACAUACAUGCACGAAGCCGCCGAACAUGAUGGUCAAAUUCUCGAAAAGUACAAAAGUGACAUGGAUAUCGUUUUGAUCUUCGCUGGUCUUUUCUCCGCUGUCACUACAUCCUUCAUUGUCAAUAUGCAGCAAAACUUAGCUCCCGAUCCAACCACAGAGACCAACAUGCUUCUCAAGAGACUGAUUCAUACAAUUGACAACUCAACAUUUCCGGGCGGUAAUUUCGACACUCCACCAUGGACCGGUCCUAGCUCCACCGACAUAUGGGUUCAGUCGCUCAUAUAUGCAAGUCUCUCAGCGAGCCUUCUUGCAGCGUUAGGAGCAAUGCUUGGCAAGCAAUGG